AUGAACAACCAGCAGUUCCGCCGUCUUGUGCUUGACACGCCAAGGCAGGAGAAUGGCGGGGCGAGCAAAUCGCCUGGCGUGCGGACGCCCGCCGCCGUGCUCGGCGCGCGCAAGCACGCCAGCAUACCCAUGACGCCUCGCCAAGUGGGUCGCAGCGCAAUCCAAGCAGAUUUCGCCCGCCAGCUCGCCGACCGAAAUGCGCGAGCCAAACCACAGAAGACGUUCAGGUCAGCCGCCCCGAAGGGCACCAAGCUCGCCGCCGGAUACACCGACCGCACGAAAGACCGCAUCGACGAAGAAGAGGACGAGAUGGCGCAGCGGAUCAAGAACCUCGAGGAGGCUAUGAAUCUCGGGGAAAUCGAUCGACCCAUGUUCGAGAAGCUGGUACAGGAGAUCACGGGCGGUGAUAUCACUUCCACACAUUUGGUCAAAGGCUUGGAUAGGAAGCUGCUGGAACGCGUGAGGAAGGGCGAGGAUGUUUUUGGCGGGUCGUCGAGGGAGAAAGAGGGGGACGAGCCAGAUGUGGAGGAUGAGUUUGACGAGCUGGCGGAGCAGGAGAUUGGCCCCAUCGAGAGACAGAAAAUGGAGAAGAAGGGCGAGAUGGCCCCGCCGAAACCCGUCACUGGAGUCAAAAGAAGCAGGAAUGAUUUAUUAGCGGAGCUCAAAAGGCAGAGAGAGGAAGCAGCUGCCGCAGCCGCAGCUGAGCACGAGAAGAAGUAUCCAAGUCUAGGAGCUGGUUUCCGGAAAGUCAACGCGCCCGGUACAUCGAGGAUCGAGGUCGAUGUGAAGGGAAGAGAAGUGCUAGUCGUAACUGAUGCAGAUGGCAAGGAGAAGCGCAAGAUUAGGAAACAGAAGGUCGAGGAACCGCCGCCAGAUAUAUGCCACGACCUGGACGAUGAGAACAAGCUCAUCAACGUGCACAAUCUGCCGCCACCGAAACCUACCGAGGAAUCAGAAGAUGAGGACAUCUUCGAAGGUGUAGGGUCGAAUUACAACCCGCUGGCUAACUUGGACGAUGACGACGAAUCGUCCGAGGAAGAGGAAGGCGAAAAGAAGCCCUCAGAAAUUGCGGAACCAGAAGCAGAUGCCGAAGACAGCGAGCAGAGGCAGACGCGGGAGCCUGAAGCAUCAGAAUCUAGAGAGGAAGUCGCUAAUGACCAAGAGUCCACUCGCCGUUCAUCCCAACCUUCUACAGCAACCGAACGUCCACCUAGCAAACGCGACUACUUCAAAAACACCUCUCGCACCUUCGCCCCCAACGACACCACGACACCUGCGGGAUCCUCCACCGCCGACGCCACCGUGCGCGCCGCGCUGCAAAAAGUGCGCACUCUCGAUCCCAAUUCGACCCUCUUCAACGACCCAGACUCGCAAGAAGCGCGCCUCAAAAAGCGCGCUGCCGAACUUGCCGCCCGUGACCGCGAUAUGGAAGACUUGGACAUGGGUUUCGGUGCGUCGCGGUUUGAUGAUGCUGAGGAGAUGGAGAGGGAAGGCGAGAAGGUCAAGUUUUCGGAGUGGAGGGGUCUUGGGGCCGAGGAGGAUGAGGAGGAGGGGCCCGAGGGGAGAGCUGGGAAAAAGAGAAAGAGGGGGCCGAAGAAGAAGAAGGGGGAUAAGAAUAGUGCGAGUGAUGUACUUCAGGCGAUGGCGAGGCAGAAGGAGAAGAAGGCGCUGGGUUGA